AACUUUAGGCCGAUGAGUUUUGCUGGUUUUGGGACGGCAAGUCAGCCCCAACAAAAUUCCCAAACGCCCAAGCCUUUCAGCUCUUUUGGAGCCCCUGCUCCUGCGUCCCUAUUCGGCACGCCUGCCGCUGCUUCCGCCACCGGGGCUUUUGGAUCAACAAACGCAUUCGGAAGUCAACCACAGCAGCAGCAGCAGCAACAGCAGCAGCAGCAACAACAACAACAACAGCAGCAGCAGCCUUCUUUAUUUGGUGGUUUUGGCCUUAAUGCAUCGGGGACGACAACAGGAACCGCCUCGCGCCAACCCUUUGGAGCCUCUGCAUAUGGCAGUACUGGCAGUACUACAGCUGGCCUCUUUGGAACGCCCGCCGCGUCAUCCAGUCCCUUUGGAAUGACGGCAGGGACAUCGGCACAAAAGCCUCCAACCCCUGGCUUUUUUGGUGGUACCAGUGGGUUUGGCGGCGGGGAAGGGGGAUUUGGCGGGAUGGGGGGCGUCGGACGACAUCCCGGAGCUGGUCAGGGUCCCAACACUGUGGGCGCUGGAGCGAUGGGAAGCAUGGGCGGGAUGCCAUUCGCUGCCCCCACACCGCAACAGCAGGAGCAGCAGCGGCAAUUGCAGCAGCGACAGUUCUGGGAGCAGGAGCUAAACAUGCUUCGGGAGGCCUACCUGCCUCACGACCAGCCAGCGUCGCAAGCACUGCAGCAACAGCAACCGCAGCUUGGAAUGUUCGCGUCUUCCCUUCAGCCGCAGCAGCAGCCUUCUCGGGUUGUUGACUACAAAUUUGCCUUCCGCGUGACGGACACGAGCACGGGGGUGCCCAGAGAAGUCGAGUUGAGAGAUCGAAGCGCAAUCGAGGCCAAGCUGAAGGGCCAGCAGGAAGAGAUGCGUCGAGUGCAAGAGCACGUGGAAAGGCUGGGAGGAGGGGUCAAAGCCUUGUAUAGCCAGGCACGGGCUGCAAAAGAGAGGCUGGCGCGUUGUCGGGAUGCGCACAUGGAGCUCACCAACAGGUUCUUGGCGGUACUGCAGCGCCUGCAAGUCCUCCGCCAGGUGAACCGUCCCAUUUCUCAGGAAGAAAAACAAACGAAAGACCGCUUGGAGAGCAUGCUAGGACGACUGGAAGGUGCGAUUCGGACUUUGAACGAAGUUGGCGGCGUGGUGGAGGAGGAUGAACUCGAUCGAAGGGAGGAGCCCCGGCAAGAGUUGACAUGCGACCUGGCCCGCGAGGACGUUCACCUGUUGCAACAGGCGUUGGAAAAACAGCAAGGAGGGCUAGAUUUCUUGACGACAGCCUUGGGCAGGGAUUGUCAAGGGGUGGAGCUUCUCAAGGAGAAGCUAGACGAGGUCCGGGCAGGGAGGGGGGGGGUCGUGUAGGCACUUGGAGCGCUAAAGUUCGUAGAGGACUGCAAAUCAACGAUGACCGCAACACA